AUGGCUGGGGAUGACACCGAUUACAAGGAUCAGUUGAAUGAAGUUCAAGCAUUAGAAAGCAUAUAUUCCGAUACACCAGAAUCGUUCUCGUACACCAUAGACAGCGAUUCACAGAUAAGAGGUUGCAUAACUGUUAUAUUAUCCAAAAUUGAAAAUGGUAUUGCUGUCCAUGCAGAUGAGAAAGUUAUUCAUGUUUAUCAUCUUCCACCUUUACUAUUAUGUUUCACAUUUCCUCAAGAUUAUCCAUCACAUUCCAUGCCGUUAUUUUCCCUUCGUGCAAGUUGGCUUGAUUCAAUUAACAGGCAUCAGCUGAGGGAAAUUUUAAUUGAUUCAUGGACGAAUUGUCAUGGCAUGCCUGUUUUAUUCACAUGGAUUGAGCUGUUAAAAGAGGAAACCAUGCGGAUCAUUUUAUCUCAAAAGAGUAUUGACUUAAACAAAAUUGUUUUAGAGGAGAACGAAGCUGAAACAAUGAGAAAAGGAUCAGCCGAACUUCUGAAAACAUUUGUUGAAUUUAAUGAGUGGGCAACACAAAAUGAUUUCGAAAGCGAGUGGUAUGAUUGCGAGGUAUGCUUUAGCUCGAAAAGUGGUAAAGAAUGUGUCAGAUUUAUGCCAUGUGGUCAUGUCUUUUGCAUAGAGUGCAUUUCGGACUACUACCGCCAAAAGCUGCGUGAUAAUCUGAUUCGGCAGUUACAGUGCCUAAAUGUUGGAUGUGAUAGCCCUGCGACUCAAACACAAAUUCGGCGGGUAUUAUCUGAUAAAGAAUUCGAAGUUUAUGAACAACGUUUGUUAGAAGGAGCAUUAAAUUUAAUGUCUGAUGUAGUUAUAUGUCCGAGAAUAUCGUGCCAGGCUCCUGUUAUUGUUGAUGGCGGUGAAAAUUCCAGUUUGGCAAGCUGUACAUUGUGUCAUUAUUCCUUUUGCAUGUUGUGCAAAAAAGCUUAUCAUGGUGUAGAAGUGUGUUCUUUAACAGAAGAAUCAAGGAGAAAAAUACUAAGCCAAGUCGCAAGCGCUGCGCCUGCUCAGCUUGAAGAAAUCUAUAAAAGAUGUGGUGGAAAAAAGCAGCUGGAACGUAUGCUUGAAGCAUUGAAAAGUGAAGAAUGGAUAGAAUGCAACAGUAAAUCUUGUCCAUCAUGUCAGGCCAAAAUUGAAGAACAACCUGGUCGAAACCUAAUGCCUUCAUUAAAUUGGAAGCACUAUGCAGCCAUAUUCGCUUCUGUUUCCGGAAUGCCAGUUUUUUGUUAUUGGUACUACAGCUUGCCGCACGUAGUAGAUCGAUUUACCGAGAAAUGGAUGAUAGAGGAACCAGAAAAAGAUAACAAAGAGUUUCGCGAAUUCAUGGAAGAACUAUCAGCAAUGCAUCAAAAAGCCGAUUAUGCAGAAAUUAAGGAUAAAGUUGCAGCUGAGGAGAUGCGAAGACGUACAUUACGCCAGUGA